AUAUAAAUCGGUGGAAGAGAGGCUGUUUUUCGUAUCACACUGGUACUUCCGGUUGGCGAUGGUUGCUGACAGAAUUUACAAAUAAGACUGUAAUUUAUUUAGGAAAGUGAAAAUUAUCCUUUACAAUUCGAAAAGCAAUAAUUUGAAGCCCAGCAGCAGAAGGAUGAGUUGAUAUUCCAGCAAUCUCAGUGACAUCAUUUUGGCUCCUAAAGGUUAUGUUAGCGUUGGCCAACUGAUUCUUGGUAUCACAACAUUAUUUCUGAAGAAUUGUAUUCUGCAUAUUAAAGCAUCAUUAGCACUUGCUAUUGGUCACAAGCCCUGAUGAUGGAAAUUCACAGUUUUAGUGUAGAGCCUAUAACCUGUCAUGCAUGGAACAAGGACAGAACUCAGUUAGCACUAUCCCCUAACAACAACGAAGUACACAUUUUUGAAAGAGACGGAAGCAAGUGGUUACUAAAAGAUGUGUUGACACAACACGAUCUUCGAAUAACCAGCAUUGACUGGGCACCCAACACGAACCGCAUUGUCACAUGUUCAGCCGAUAGAAAUGCUUAUGUUUGGACACAAGUUGAUGGAAAAUGGAAACCAACCUUAGUACUUCUAAGAAUCAAUAGAGCUGCCACCUGUGUACGGUGGUCUCCACUAGAAAAUAAGUUUGCAGUAGGCAGCGGAGCUCGGCUGAUAUCCGUGUGUUAUUUUGAGGAAGACAAUGAUUGGUGGGUGAGCAAGCACAUCAAGAAGCCAAUUAGAUCAACGGUCACAAGUAUUGACUGGCACCCAAAUAAUAUUUUAUUAGCUUGUGGAUCAACAGACUUUAAAGCUAGAAUUUUUUCAGCAUAUAUUAAAGAAAUAGAAAAGAAACCAGAACCAACUCCUUGGGGAGCUAAAAUGCCGCUUGGUAAUAUGAUGGCAGAAUUUUCAAGUGGGGGAAGUGGCUGGGUUCAUAGUGUUAGUUUUUCAGCUGAUGGGAACAGGCUGGCAUGGGUGGGCCACAAUAGCAGUAUCUCGGUAGUUGAUGCAACAAGGGAACUAGGGUUUUCCUCUAUAAAGACGCAGUUCCUUCCAUACCUGACAUGUUUGUGGGCUUCACCGACUACAAUUUUAGCUGCUGGCUAUGACUGUUGUCCUAUGCUGUUUCGAUGUGACAGUGAAAUUCAGUUGAGAUUUGUUGACAAAUUGGACAAGUCUCAAAAGCAGGAAGUAGAUGGAUUUAGCGCCAUGAGAAAGUUCCGAAACAUGGACAUGCGUGGUGUAAACGAUAACAUCAGUGACACUAUUUUAGAUAGUGUACAUCAAAAUGCAGUGACACAUAUAACUAUCUAUUCUGGAAACAAAACGGGAAUUACAAAGUUCUGCACAACCGGUGUGGACGGUAAAAUGGUCAUUUGGGACAUGAAGGCUUUAGAGACUGCAUUUGCUGGCCUAAGGAUCGUGUGAAACGGGAAAUUAGAAGGUGCUCCUUAUCCGGGGUUAAGGUUUUUUUUCCCCCAAAACCUUGACCUUCCAGUGGUGUUACUUCCUGGAAGUUGAUACAGAUUUAUUGUAUAUUUAAAUACAUGAUGGGUUGAUACAGACAACUUAGAUGCAAAUGAUUAAACCCAUAAAGAAUGGUUCUCAAUCAGGCAACAAAAAAAAAGAGAGAAUGAAAAUAAUAAGUUUGUGUAAUUUAAAAAGAACUAUAAAAUAUAUACAACUGAUAUCAGUGUAUCGGUAUGAAUAGAAUGUAAUACAUUUUCAAGACUGUAUUGUACAAUUAUAAAAACUGAUUAGCUGGGCAGGCUUCCAUUUUCCACUUGUUCCUUAAGGUUUGGAUCAUGAUUAUGUGUAUGUAUUGCUAUUCAAUGAAUUGGUGUUGUGUGGUUACUCAUUCACUUGUGCCUUUGCAGUGGUUUAGCCCUCAAUUCUUUAUGUCUGGUAAAAUGGAACAUUCACUUUGUGCCAAUUGCGAGCGUGGCUGUCCUCGUAAAGCGGAUGAUUAAAAAUAAAAACGAAAACAGAGGGCUUAUAGAAUAGUUGGGAAAAGGUGCUAUCAGUUGCUGUUAUGUAUAGGUACUUGUUUUUCAUAUGGAAGUUUUGAAUUUAAAAACAAAAUAUCUAGUUAAUGUUUGUUGAUCUGUGGAAAUAAAUGAGAAACUGGUAAUUAUCUUUUAGUAAUCUAAAACUACAAAAAAAAUUAAUAACUGAAAGUGUAUUUCUGUAAAAAAAAUUCAUAUUUUUUUUAUGUUGAAAUGUGUAGGAUUUAUUUUUAAUGUUUUUAAUUUGUUUGUGAAAAGCAAAAAAAAAAGAAUUAAUAGUAUUACUACAUUUUUAUUAGGAUAUCCAGCUGGUGGGCUUAAUACUGUUGGUGCUUAUUAGGGAGAGAGAGUAGUAAUAAAACUACAGAUUUCAAUAAUUACUAGAAAAGUUUCUUCAAAUGUGAGCUACACCCUAAUGAUUUGGGAAUACGAAAAAUUGCCGUAUUAGUGAUAGACAUUUUAGAUGCAGAGAUAAAAAUGGUAAAGAGAGAGUUGAAAGUUUAAUUAAAUAUGUAAAUUAAAUAAAAUACUACUGAUGAUCAUAAGAAUGUUCACACGAGAACUUGGCGAUAAACAUAACAGAAUUUACAUUGCAUAGGCGUGGCAGCAUUGCGUAUUAGUAGUUUAUUUCAAACAUGUUGCUAGGAAAAUGUUGAACUUAGAAAUGUACAUCUUAACAUUAAGGUUUUUCUACUGUCAUAUUUUUUGUGGAUUUUUAUUUGGAUCACAAGAAAUUAGAACUAACCCUGACUUGCAUACAUGCUCUCUCUCUUCUUCUUCUUCUCUCUCGUUAACCAAAGAGGGGAAUAACACGAGCGGUUACAUAAAAGUUAUUUGUCAUUCUUUCAAAGUUCUUACUCGUAGAAAAUGUUAGUCCUGGAAAACAGACGUUCUCUGAAAGAAAAAUGAUAACAAUACAAUGUCUGCAAUAGAAUAAAGGGGAAUAACACGAGCGGUUACAUAAAAGUUAUUUGUCAUUCUUUCAAAGUUCUUACUCGUAGAAAAUGUCAGUCCUGGAAAACAGACGUUUUCUGAAAGAAAAAUGAUAACAAUACAAUGUCUGCAAUAGAAUAGAGGGGAAUAACACGAGCGGUUACAUAAAAGUUAUUUGUCGUUCUUUCAAAGUUCUUACUCGUAGAAAAUGUUAGUCCUGGAAAACAGACGUUCUCUGAAAGAAAAAUGAUAACAAUACAAUGUCUGCAA